AUGAGGUCUGUUCUAAUAGUUUUGCUUCUCGUUUGUGCUUCUCAUGCAUAUAAUUCAUACCCGACCAGAAGACGAAUGACACCAUAUUCAAGACACAGACCAUCAUGUAUACCCGUUACAAAGAAGAUUAUUGAAACAGUUAAAGCUCCUAUAUUAGAUUUACCUUUCAGUCAAGCUGUGUUGGCUGGAAAUACUCUAUACCUGGCUGGACAAAUAGGAAGAGAUCCUGUUACACUUCAACUGGUUCCUGGCGGUAUAAUUCCGGAAACAAUACAGAUAUUCAGGAAUAUUGGUGCAGUAUUAGAGGCUGCUGGUGGUAAUUUCAAGGAUGUUGUAAAAGUAACAGUUUUUCUGACAAAAUUAAGCGACCUUACAGCAUUUAAUACAGUCUAUACGAAAUUCUUUCCAAACGAUUUUCCGGCUAGAGUAGCUGUUCAAGUAGUAGCCGUACCUCUCAUGGAUGAACAAUGUAUCGAUGUCGAUUGA